ACAUCCGUCGUGGAAAUCUGGGAGAAUCUGCUACUAGAAUCAGCGGCAUCGAUAGCCUGGUUCAUGGACUUGGCAUCCCCGUUACAAAUUUCAAAGCUACGAUAACUCUACUUGCUGCCGUCGCAUCACCCUCCUCGCCUCCCUGGUCUUUCCAUUCGCUUCCUGCAACAGUUGUUUCCUCAUUCCCCGUUACGUCGGUAUCGGCGAUCGAUGCUAGUUUUUUCCUUGCACACGGUCGGGAGACGAAACCUUUGCCAACGAAGUCAACGUCCUCAAAAAAGUGGCGCGUGUUUUGACAAGCAGAUAAGGUUUUUCGUCAGUGAGCUCGCAGCGUUGUUUGUUCAGAGCGAGUAGGAAGAGAAGGCGGGGGAUGAGAAUGACAACGAUUCAACUACGGGGAUUAUGAGGAGAGGCUGGAGAGGCUGACGAAUCUGAGAUCGGAGAUUUGUAGUACAACAGGAAGAAGCUUGUCUUCUUUGGGAUUUUUUGCCGCUCAAGAUGUGAAUAAUGGGGCGUUUGUCGGAGCAGGACAAUCUGGAGAAUUUGCGAGAGCGUCUUGAAUGGAGCGUUGCCCUGCUUGGAUUGAUUGCAGCCAUUGUGGAGGAUACGAACUGGGCGUGUCGUUGCCGAAGCGUGAGUUUGUUGCAUCUGAUCGAAUGCCAAGAUGAAGUUGCUAGAAAUAUUCAAGAAAAAGAAGAAGACGGCGGUGGGCAAUGGCGAACCUCACGAUGCCUCGCCACCAACUCCAACGCCAACGCCGCUAUCGAAGCCACCACCUGAUCACAGCAUCUGCAAGAGACCGGAGUCAUAUUUUCUUGCUCUAGCUCUGCCGCCAUUGCACACAUCCUCCCUACCGAAAUAUCCAACCCGUCGAAUUGAAUCGCAACUCACAAAAAUCCAACCUCCUGUAGACAAGGCACCGAGUGCAAAUGGGAGGGAGCAAGUGAAGAUUGCGGCGUCUUACCUGAAGUCUCAGAAAAGAUCCAUGUGGGUGUGGCCGUGCCUGCAACUAGAUUCUGACGCUUCUGAGCCGAGUAGUCCUACAUCACCACGCCGAGAUUCAAACUCCACUCGUAACCAUUCUCUGUCAUCACAAGACAGAAGGGAUAGCUCUAAUGCAUUGGAUCCUAGCUCCGCCGGAGGUUCAGGACGUCGUCACUCCAUACGACCACAAUCGGAAUGCAUAACGGUGGAUUAUGGUAAUCCGGGGUACAAUUUGAUCGCAAACAACCCCGCCGAGGGUUCCGCGUAUUCUACUCCGCAGAGGAAUCCACGAGAGCGAUCGAGAAGUGGCCAUGGGAAGCCAUCUACACCUCGUCAUCAGGGCUGUCGCAAGCCGUGCAAGCUUCCAUCGCCACCUAACUUGACUGAACUCGACAGAAAAAUGCGACAAUGUGCCACGGCGCCUGCAACACCGUUGCAGAAAUUGUCUCCUCGACCGCGUGCACCGCCGGUAUUGAUGUUCAACCAGGAGACGGUACCGCAGGGGCACAAGCUGACGCCACCAGCUUCGCCUCGGCCGCACAAACUGACCCCGCCACCAUCUCCUUAUCACGCAACAAGCUCAGCCAUGAAUCUGGAAAGACUAGAUGUGCCCAAACCUCCUCAGAGAUGGAAGAUGGGCCAGUUGAUUGGCAGUGGCUCCUUCGGUUCUGUCUACGAAGGGUGGAAUUUGGACGAUGGCAGUUUCUUCGCCGUGAAAGUCAGCAGUAUUGACAACGUUUCCUCUGAGAUUCACCAGGAGGUAGCGAUGCUGAGUAAACUCAAGCAUCCCAAUAUUGUCCAGUACUACGGCACUACCACGGAGGACGGAAACAUCUGCAUAUUUCUGGAGCUUGUGAAAAUGGGCUCACUUGAGAAGAUCAUGAAGAAGUUUGACGCGUUUGACGAAGUGCUGAUUAGGUUAUACACUCGCCAGAUCCUCAAGGGGCUGGAAUAUCUGCAUUCCAGGAACACAGUGCAUAGGGACAUUAAGUGCGCAAACAUCCUAGUGGAUUCUGAUGGGCAAGUGAAGCUAGCGGAUUUCGGUUUAGCCAAACAGAUGAAGGAGUCAAUGGCCAGUUCAGUGAAGGGCUCCCCAUAUUACAUGGCUCCCGAGAUUUUGGCCCCACAACACAGUAAACGCCCUUAUGGGCUGCCCGUGGAUAUCUGGAGCCUUGGGUGUACUGUGAUUGAAAUGGCAGACGGCAAGCCGCCAUGGGGUGCAUUCCAAGGGUAUGGGUUCGUUUUCAAUGUAGUGAAGGGGGUCCUGCCACCCAUUCCUGAGCAUCUGAGUGACAAAGCAAAGGACUUCAUAUCCCAGUGUUUGCGUAAGCGUCCAGAGGACCGACCCACAGUGAAAGAGCUUCUACUUCAUCCCUUUGUAGCCAUCACUUCCCGGACGUUCUGAGUUUCUGUUCCUAUUCGCGACCAACUUUGCAAGGUUUUUGAGAUUACCCUGCGGUGUGUUUUUCUCGUGCCCCACGUUGAUCAGAAGCCUUAGAGACUACCUGAUAUUAUUUUUUCAAGAACAUCGCCACUGCCAGAUUGGAUUCUUUGAAACGCGAUACACAGAACAUUCAUUGCCUUACAGGGAGCUGGCAAUUCCUUCAGCAAAUAGUGUCCGAUUGCUCUAUUCCUCUUUGGGCAUUCACAUACUUCGGCAGAAAUCUCAGAAAUUCUCCAGAAUUCAGGUUUAGUACUUCAAUUCGAGGUUCACGGGGUGUAGAGGAGACGUUCGCUAUCACUUUUUCAUCUUCCACGUGAGAAAGCGAGGUUAAUUCACGCUUCACGUUGGUCUGCGACUGGUCAUUCAUGCGUACAAGCGAAGCAACCAUUGUUGUAAUCCAGAAAAUGCAAAGCUUUCAUCUGAGUAUAAUCGGAGAUCAUUAGAGGGACCUGGACGCCAAAAAGGAAUCUGACCCAUUCAAAUCCUAUACAAUCAGGAGAAGAGGUCUUCUUCCUCAUGUAACACACAUUGGUAGAAGCAUAGGAAUUUACUAGAAAGAUUUCAAGUCAGUUGAUAUGCUUUUCUGAACAUUUCCAUACUGAUGAAACACGAUUGCCGUUUCACAGAAAUGAGAAUUAGUUCCAACGAUUUCGACCGAUUUACUAUGAAAAUUAGACCAGGGUAAAUUCGAUCUUUAAAUCCGAUUUAGACUUUCCUGGAUAUGUACAUGUAAUAUAUUGUACAACUCCCCUCCUGUAAUGGACCUCACAACUGAAAUCAAUCAAUACCAGGAAGAGGUUUUGAAGUCUUGAAUCAAACCCUAGAAUUUUUUGAAAA